UUCUCUCCGGAUGUAGCACGGCGCGCGUGGCUCUUCGCGCGCGAUAUAAAGCCACCGCUGAGUGACAGCGCGGGCGUGAAAAGCCUCUGUCCUUUUUACAAAGAGGACUUACGCCGCAGCCCCUCCAGGCAGCGAGACCAUCGAGCAUCUCCCACGACACCUCAAUGAAAUAUGACUGUGCUUCACUCCUUGUCUGGAUUAAUGCCUAUGUAAUCGUUAAUUUGCUCACCCUCCCUUAUCUGUCAAGUUUAAAGCCUAUUCUGUGAUCAUGGGGUCUAUAGUGUCAUUUUUGCCCAGGCUAAAGGUCUAAAGCGGAUACCGGGUGGAUCUAUGUUCCUUACAGACAAGAGAAACAGCGCAGGGAAAUUAGUGGAAGUUUGAGAUAAGGGAGGAUGCGGGCGACGUGUUGGUGUGCCGUCUUUCUCCUCACUCCGGCUGUCUACCUGGUUUCAAGUGCCCAUGGUUCCAUUCCGGGGAAGUCAGAACUGCUCAAAUCAGGGAGCCCCAAGUCGACACUAAAGCACAUAUGGACAGAAAGCAGUAAGGACUUGUCCAUCAGUCGGCUUCUAUCACAGACUCUACACGGGAAGGAAAACGCAACAGCCCUGGACCUGCACUAUGACGCUCCGGAGCCUUACUCUGAACAGGACCUGUGGGACUGGCUGAGGAACACCACCGACUCGCAGGACUCCAGACCAAGAGCCAAACGGCGGCCGAUGGUCAAGACCGGCAAGUUCAAGAAAAUGUUCGGCUGGGGAGAUUUCCACUCCAACAUCAAAACAGUUAAGCUCAACCUUCUGAUCACCGGAAAGAUCGUCGACCACGGCAACGGCACCUUCAGCGUCUACUUCCGCCAUAACUCCACAGGUCAGGGCAACGUGUCUGUCAGCCUUGUCCCGCCCACCAAAAUCGUAGAGUUCGAUUUGACGGCGCAGCAGUCGGUCAUCGACGCCAAGGAUUCCAAGUCAUUCAACUGCCGCAUCGAAUAUGAGAAGGUCGAGAGGGGCUCCAAGAACACGCUCUGCAACUUCGACCCGUCCAAGACAUGUUACCAGGAGCAGACGCAGAGCCACGUGUCCUGGCUCUGCUCGAAGCCUUUCAAAGUGAUUUGCAUUUACAUCUCCUUCUACAGCACCGACUACAAGCUAGUCCAGAAAGUCUGCCCAGAUUAUAACUACCACAGCGAUACUCCUUAUUUCCCUUCUGGCUGAUGGUCGCUGCUGAUGCCGCCAUGUGAAGGACAAUGAGAAGCAAAGGAUGGAGCACUCUCCCCCAUCCACGAUGAAUACAUGUUCCCUAAACUAAAAAACAGAAUUUGGCUAUUUGCACAAGUACCAUCAAUUUGUUAUUCAUUUGGAGUCAUUUAUUGUAUGGCGCUCGUUGUCAUUAAUAAUUUAAUUCUGUUUAAUUUAUUGUUUAUAUUUUAGGUUAAUUUUAGGUUAUUGUUGUAUUACUGGGCUGUUGCUUAUAAGAAAACCCACAAUUGAGGGGGUAGCAGAUUUCGACAUUGUGUCCUGUAAUUUUCACAUUUCCUUUAGAAUCGUCUUAGUGCACGUGCUUGUUUUCUUUUGUUGAAUUAGUUUCUUUGUUCAAGUAAUUAUGUGUUUCUUAGAACUGCCAGAGGCCACAAGUGUAGAUGUGACUUUUUUUGUUUAGCCAGUAGUUUGCCUCAAGGUUGCGGGAGAAUUUUUUGCCAUCAGAAUUUCAAUGUUUCCUCCCCUGCAAACUUUAAAACAGCCGUGGACGCCACACGUUCCUGAAUUAUUUCUCCCAGACAAAAGCCCGAGUGAGACCCAAAGAUAAGGUGAUAUAUUUAUGAUGGCGAGAGUGGCUUUGUUCUGUCGGUUACGAGCAGGCCUUAACUGCAGGCAUGUUUUCUACCUAAUAAAAAGAAAAGCUGUACUGUAACAAUUCUGGAUUGUUCAUGGAUAGAUCCAGGAAUGGCGGGUGGGCUUGCUCAUUGUCACUUAUAAUACACUGUAAUGUAAUGAAUUCUAUAUCUUAGAGCCUAAUUUUAUGAAUGGUUUGUAUUGUACAUAGUUGAUCCUGAUGGAGCUGCUUCUGUAUAUGCCUUCAUUCCAUGUCUGUUAACCCAAACAUUACCCUCUCCCUCUCUCUAUCUCACUUUAUCUCUCUCGGCACCCCAUCCCAUAUAUGCUUGUUCUUGGUUCUCGGACAAAGAAACUGAUGUUGCUGAUGUAGAUGUGAACUCCAUGAACUCCAUGCUCUUGUACAGGGGCUGUAAAACUGUCAAAAUAUAUAUUAGAAGUACUUAUCAUCUGUAUGAUUAUGUUUACUUUCAGGGGAACAAGGGGAUGGAGAUGUACAAAUGAAUAAAACACUGAAAGUUUUAUCAG